CAGAGCUGGAGCCAGUGGCCUUUGGGUCAGAACUCAUUGAAGGAGUGAAGGAGAGAUGGUAUAAAAAGAGUAGACAGACAGUGAGAAAGAGAGAGAGGGGCCAAUCUUUCAGAAGAUUGGAUAUACAACCAGCUGGUGUGCCGGGAGGAACGAUACCAGGAUAACUUGACUAGGAUAACUUGUGCGUCUUCUCAGGGCCCGUACACUCCAUCACUCUUCAGAGUCUCCAUGGCCAUGCUGAUGCAUUGCUGGGUGUGUGUGAUCGCUCUGUCACUGACGAUGACCACAAGCAAUGCCUUACAAAGGAUCAGUCUGAAGAAGAUGCCCUCCAUAAGAGAGACUCUGCAUGAGAUAGGUGUGUCCCCAGCCCAGUUCUUUGCUGAAUUGGCCCAGGAAAGCAAAGAUGACCCCUCCACCAGCAACGGGACCACCCCCACCCCCCUCACCAACUACCUGGAUGCCCAGUAUUAUGGGGAGAUCAGUAUUGGUUCUCCUGCCCAGAUGUUCAAUGUGGUGUUUGAUACAGGCUCAGCCAACCUGUGGGUGCCCUCUUACAACUGUUCCCCUCUCUAUACUGCCUGCUUUACCCACAACAGAUAUGAUGCCUCCAAAUCCCGAACACACAUAGAGAACGGGACAGGUUUCUCCAUCCAGUAUGCCUCUGGAAACGUCCGAGGGUUCCUGAGUGAGGAUGUGGUUGUGGUGGGUGGCAUCCCWGUGGUCCAGGUAUUUGCUGAGGUUACAGCCCUGCCUGCCAUCCCCUUCAUCUUUGCCAAGUUUGACGGGGUCCUGGGGAUGGGCUACCCCAARGUGGCCAUCGACGGCAUCACCCCCGUGUUCGACCGCAUCAUGUCCCAGCACGUCCUCAAGGAGGACGUCUUCUCUGUCUAUUACAGCAAAGACCCAAUGCACAAACCAGGUGGAGAGCUAGUGCUGGGAGGGACAGACCCAGACUACUACACUGGUACCUUCAACUACAUGGGCACCCGUAAGGCAGGAAAAUGGGAGGUCAACAUGAAAGGGGUGUCUGUGGGGGAGGAGAUGCUGUUCUGUAUGGAGGGCUGCAUGGCUGUGAUUGACACAGGCUCCUCCUACAUUACAGGCCCUGCCUCUUCUGUGUCUGUACUGAUGAAGACCAUUGGAGCCACAGAGCUGGCAGAGGGAGGGUACACUGUGAACUGUGACCGGGUGAAGUCCUUACCCAGUGUCACCUUCCACCUGGGAGGCCAUGAGUACACACUCACUGAAGAAGACUACAUCUUAUGGCAAUCUCAGUUUGGAGAGGACAUAUGUAGCGUGACCUUUAGGGGUUUGGAUGUGCCGCCCCCUACUGGCCCUAUCUGGAUCCUGGGAGCCAACUUCAUCGCCCGCUACUACACAGAGUUUGACCGUCGCAACAACCGCAUAGGCUUCGCCACAGCAGUCUGACAGGAUCCUUAGCCAACAAGCMUUCACUCUCUCUUGCUCUAACUCUUUCUUUACUCGCUUUGUCUUUGUUACUGUCUUUUACGAUCAGCCUCUAUUUCUCCCUUACUCUCUAACUAUAUCAUUCAGUGUUUCUUUCUCUCUCGUUCUGCGACUCUUCAUCACAGAGCCUGCCCUCUUGUCCAUAUCUUUUUUACAGUUCUUGCAUUCUGCCAUGUCAAGUAAUCAUUUUGAUUUCAAUCUGUGCCAAUUGCACUCUUCUACAUAAUUGUUUUUUAGUUGGCGAUAAUUGAUGUGCUGAUAACAACAAUUGACUUAUGUUGUGUUAUAUACCGUAUCAUAUGGCAUGCUGACGUCACACAAGUAUCACAUUGCAGCACAAAUCCUCACGUAAUAACACUAUGUCCGACCUCGUAUCUGCAUUGUCAUGACGUAACAUGAAUAAAGCUUGUUUAAUUAA